AUGAAUGCUCUGACAUUAUUUGCAUUGGCGGCUGUUGCUGCUUACGGCAGUUGCAGUCUGGGAUAUCGAGGUGUCUAUAGUGGAUACCCAAGGGUUUACUCGGGCAUUGCACACCAUGGAUACACAGGUGCUCAUCCCGUUGCAACCUAUGGGUCUGCAGUUCACACACCUUUGGCUUACAACCAAGUAGCUCACGCAGGUUACAACACCAUCCCUUAUUCACCAAUCCAGUCCCAGUACCAUGCCCAGGACGAGUUUGGCCAGUACUCCUUCGGAUAUGCCGGCGGUCCCUCUGCUCGCUCUGAGACCCGUGAUGCUUUUGGUGUCGUCAGGGGAUCCAACAACUACAUUGACUCUGAAGGAAAAGUGCAGACCCAGCAUUAUGUUGCCGAUGCCCUUGGUUUCCGCGUGUCUGGCACUAACCUGCCUGUGAGCCCAGAUGCCCCACUAGCUGCGCCUUUGGCUGUCCCUGUCGUGCUUCCUGAACCUGUGCAGGAUACCCCAGAAGUCGCCGCUGCAAAGGCUGCUCAUGAGGCAGCCUACAACGAGGCAGCUGCUGCUGCUGCUGUAGCUGCUCCUGAUCGCAAGAAGCGCUCUGUUUUGGCAGCCCACGCUCUGGGUGUGUACCCCUCACGUCGUUUCUCCUAUGGAUUCUCUGCUCCCUUGUCCUACGGCUACCCAGCUUAUGGAACUUACCAUUCUUAUGGUCCUUACGUUCAUGGAGCCCAUUCAUACCCUGCAUACCCUCAUGCACUUACUACCACUAGGGACGCCACCCUUCUGCGUGUGGUGAACAACCCAGGGCAUGCUGUUUCUUACCGGGUGGACUAAGGGAAGCCUAUAAUAUGGGCUUAACCGUCUUCUCUAUCAAGUAAGCACAAGAGGCUAUAUAUUAGGUCUAGCUAGCGUUCGUGGAGCAGUUGGCGUAGAGCACCUUCAUCUGUUUUACUACAUAGGUUUAAGAACGCCAAAGAUGACGUUGCUAAACCUACAACCAGGUGUGGGUGUUGACGCUUUCCAUUUUAUGUAUAUAAUGUAGAGAGCUAUUCAUGUUUUGUGUAAUCCUUUUGUACUAAUGAAUUUUCCGAUGUUAUAUAUGUGUAUUCUAAAAGAAUAGAUGUUAAAUUCAGACUU